AACUUUCUUCAAGCACAACGUCAACCAAAGAAAGUCAUGAGAAAUCUAUUACAUUCCAAUCAAUUUACAAAUUUUCUUUGAAAACUCACAAAAUCUUCUAGUUAUUUAAAAUUCUUUGAAAACUACACUAAAAAUACAAAAAUACUCAUAGCAAUGAUACGCAAUCGUAGAAAAGCGCAACGCCAAAAACACGCAGGCAAACGCCGAAAGGUGUGUAGCAAACGAAGUCGCGAGCGCCGACGAAUCGAACGUGAACAGGAGAAAUUGCGCAAAUUGUCAUUGAAAUUUGGCAAAACGAUAGCGCCGAACUUUGGGCGCGCUUUUGAGAAUAACAAACGUCAACUCACACGUCAUCCGUAUUUGAAUUAUUUGCGACACUUCAAAACCAAACAUCCGCGUUACGGAUUCGCGCGUAUCUUGCGUGAAGGCGCCAAAGCGUGGAAGCGCAUGGCACCCGAAGAAAAGGCGAGCUUCACGCAAAAGGAGGUGCUAAAAAAUUUACGUGAGGAAGAGCGGUUACAACGCAGUUCAAAUUUGUUGCCAAACAGUUCCUUACAGUUCGACUAUCGUCCACAGUCGCUGAGUACCAAACGUAAUAUCGAACGAAAGUUACGAAAUCGACAAAAAAUACCGCGACCCGAACAUGGAAACGGAGAGCGAAGACCUGUUAAACCAAAUAUAUGGUGUAAUUUUUAUUGAGUGCUUCGAAAAGUAUUGAAUUCUGACUAAAUCCUUUUUAUUGUAUCGUAAAAUUUAGAAAUUAUAUAUUGCCGGUUUUUUUUUGUGGUAAAGUUAAUCCGUGAGAUUUCUGUGCUAUAUGUAUAUAUGUGCCUUGUUUAAGGAAGUGUUGAAAAUGCUGAAUAAAUAUAGUAAACUUGUAUUAUCUA